UGCUCACUUUCGAGAAGCACGCUUAGAUGGGCGCAAGAGUGGGAGUGGCAACGCCCUUGAGAGCGGGCAGGCCGCCGCGCUUUCGCACGGCACGGCCUCACGCGCGCACGUCGGCGCUCGGCGGCCGCGCUGCGCCGACGCUCUGGAGAUGCGCACGAAGCUCGCCUCGCUCUCGCGUCUCUCCUCUCCACCAUCCCCGCCCUCUGCUCUGCCCAGCAUGGCGCCCUCCAUCCCCGCCUCCGUCUCCUCCAUGCAGGAGCUCUUUCCUCUGACCUACCCCAUCCCAUCUCCGUCCACCGACGACACUCUCAUCCCCGCCGCCGACGUCGCGCUCGAGCAGGACCUGCUGCUGCACGCCGACGACCUGCGCGCCUGGCAGAGCUACAUCGCACACAUCGUCACCUCCUCCUCGCCGCCCACUGGCGGCUGGGUGCCCGAUGAGCACUGGUCCGCCCCGCAGCGCACGCUGCUCGGCCCCCUGGCCGGCGCAGACGCGCGUCUCGCACUGCGCCGCAUCACGAGCAUCUACGAGCGGGCGCUGGCACGCUUCCCGACGUCGUACGCACUCUGGCGCUCUUACCUGCUGCUGCGCACCAGCUUCCUCUGCGGCCAGCCCACAGGCGGCGUCGAGGCGUGGCGGAAACGCAGCAUCGAGCAGGGCAGACGCAACCUCGAUGCGGGACCGACACUGCUGGAGGAACAGGCGACGGACGAGUGGGAGUGGAGGAAUGGAGGUGGUGUGGAUGGACGUGUGGCAUACAAGGAGUGGAACAGCCUCGCUGCGACGUACGAGCGCGCCUUGAUGUGCCUGCCGCGAAUGCCGCGUCUCUGGCUCCUCUACUUCACUCUCCUCUCUCAUCCGCUCUCUCCGUCGUCUCUCUCGCACACGCACGCGCGACGCACUUUCGACCGCGCUCUGCGCACGCUGCCCCACGCGCUGCACCUGCGCGUGUGGAAGGAGUACCUGCGCUGGGCCGAGCUGCGCGGCGGCGAGACGUGCCUGCGAGUCUGGCGACGAUACCUCUCCGUCGAUCCGAGCUUGACGGAGCGAUACGUCGCAACGCUUCUUCGUCUGCGCGGCGAGUCGGAUGCAGACGAGGAGGAAGAGGAGGAGGAGGAGAGCGAGGAGGAGACGCAGCGCAAGAGAGCCCGUGUCGUCGAGGCGGCCAAGCUGCUGCUGCGUCUGGCGCGCGAUGCGGCAGAGGGCAAGUACACGAGUCCCGAGGGCAAGAGCCCGUAUCAGCUGCUCGUGGAGUGGCUGGAGCUCUGCGAGAAGUACGCAGAAGACGUCGGCAUGCCUGCCGAGGAGGAGGAGACGUUGGCGAAGAAGUCGGCGACGAGCAGCGGCAAGAAUGGCAGCAAGAGCAACAAGAGCGGCGACGCCGCCUCCGCCUCUUCGACCGCGAUCCGCGCUUCGGACGUCGACUCGCUCUCUGCUGCACCUCUGCCCGUGGGCCGCAUUCUGCGCGAGCUUGGCAUUGCACGCUUCCCCGACCAGGCUGGGCGUCUCUGGACGGGCCUCGCGACCUACUGGAUCAAGCGCGGCGAGCUCGAUGUGGCGCGCGACGUCUUCGAGGAGGGCAUGCGCACCGUCGUCACCGUGCGCGACUUUACGCAGAUCUUCGACGCGUACGCCGAGACGAGCGAGAACGUCGUGUCCUUCCUCAUGGAGGAGCUUUCGGCCGAGGACGACGAGGAGGAAGAGGAGGGCGAGCGGGAGGAGAAGGAGAAGGACCUCGAUGCCAAGAUGCGCGACUUUGAGGAGCUGAUGGAGCGGCGACCUUUCCUCGUCAACGACGUUCUGCUGCGCCGCAACCCCGACGACGUGCAGGAGUGGGAGAAGCGAGUGGUGCUGCACGGAGAGGACGAGGAGAAGGUGGUGGAGACGUACAACGAGGCCAUCGCCACGAUCAAUCCUCGCAAGGCCACUGCGAACCUGCAUCAGCUGCUGCUCAAUUUCGCCAAGUUCUACGAGGAGGGCGGCUCCUCCUCCACGCCCGAUCUCGAGAGCGCCCGGCAGGUGCUGCGUCGCGCGACGGAGAUUCCGUACCGGCGAGUCGAUGAUCUCGCGGAGGUGUGGUGCGAGUGGGCAGAGAUGGAGGUGCGCGCCGGCAACUUCGACGAGGCCCUGCGCGUGCUCGCUCGCGCCACGCAGCCGCCCAACUCGGCGCUGGAGCGCAAGAACAUCUCCUACCACGACGAGCAGCUCUCUCCGCAGAAGCGGCUGUUCAAGAGCACCAAGCUGCACGCCUUCUACGUCGAUCUGCAGGAGUCCAUCGGCUCCGUCGAGGGCGCCAAGACGGCAUACGACCGCAUCCUGGAGCUCAAGAUUGCAAACGCGCAGAUCAUUGUCAACUACGCCAGCUUCUUGGAGGAGAACAAGUACUUUGAGGAGAGCUUCAAGGUGUACGAGCGCGGCGUCGAGGCCUUCACGUACCCCGUGGUGUUUGAGCUGUGGAACGUGUAUCUGAGCAAGUUCGUCAAGCGCUACGGCGGCACAAAGAUCGAGCGUGCCCGCGACCUCUUCGAGCAGGCCCUCGAGGGCUGCCCGGCCAAGUUCGCAAAGCCGUUGCUGCUCAAGUACGGCGCUCUCGAGGAGGAGCAUGGUCUGGCCAAGCGUGCCAUGGGCAUCUACGAGCGCGCUACGACCAAGGUGUCAGACGAGGAUCGCUUCGACAUGUUCACUUUCUACAUCGCCAAGGCCACGUCGAACUACGGCCUUGCCGCCACGCGCCCCAUCUACGAGCGCGCCAUCGAGGCACUGCCCGACCGUCAGACGGCCGAGAUGUGCCUGCGCUUCGCUGCUCUCGAGCGCAAGCUCGGCGAGAUCGACCGCGCACGCGCCAUCUACAAGCAUGCGAGCCAGUUCUGCGAUCCGCGCACAAAUGCCGCCUUCUGGAAGGAGUGGAACACGUUCGAGAUCGAGACGGGCUCCGAGGAGACGUUCCGCGAGAUGCUGCGCGUCAAGCGAGCCGUGCAGGCGCAGUUCAACACCGACAUCUCCUACAUUGCCGCCUCUGCCGCGCUCGUCUCUGCCGCCGCUGCUUCCGGCGAGGCCGCGGGCGCAGCAGCAGCGGACCCAGCAGACCCCAUGGCGCAGGCCGAGGCUGCCGUCGCCGCCGAGCGCGCCGCCGGCCGCGCCGGAGGACCGGCAUUCGUCGCUGCAAAGGCCACGGCUACGGCGCCGCCCGCUGAGCCGCAAAACGAGGAGCGCAUCGGGGCAGACUCGGACGCGGACGACGAUCUCAUGUGAAGGGCGCGCGGGCAGGAGGAGGAAUGCAGUGCUUGCCUCUCAUUU